AUGGGGCGGCCGCCGUGCUGCGACAAGACGAGGGUGAAGCGGGGCCCGUGGUCGCAGGAGGAGGACGCCAUCCUCAGGAGCUUCGUCCAGAGGUUCGGCAAUGCCGGCAAUUGGAUCGCCCUGCCGCAGAAAGCAGGGCUGAAACGAUGCGGUAAGAGCUGCCGUCUUCGCUGGCUCAACUACCUCCGCCCGGAGCUCCGACACGGCGGCUUCACCGACGAGGAAGAGAACCUCAUCCUGUCCCUCUACGGCGAGCUUGGAAGCAAGUGGUCGGUGAUAGCGUCCAGGCUCCCCGGACGGACGGACAACGACGUCAAGAACUACUGGAACACCAAGCUCAAGAAGAGGUACCUGGCGUCCACAAGAGAAGCAGGAAGGCCGCCGACAUCACCACCAGCGGCGCCUCAUAGCGGCGAUGAUAGCACCGCCGCCGCAGACAGCCACCAGGCCCAAGAGGAUGAAUCCCUUCUUCCGCUGACACCUCCAGCCCUCACCGAUCUCGAUACGGCAGCGUUUGUUGACACGGGUGCUGCCGUCGUCGACGACGACAUGCUCCUCUUCAAGUCCGAGCAGCUGUACGCCGAGCUCGUGGGUCUCGUCGAGAAGCAAUCGCAAACUGGACCGUCCACUGGCGGGGACGAAGCGUCGACAGCAGCGACGACGCCAUCGUCGUCCUCGUCUGGAACAACAAGCAGCUGUCCGACGGAUUUGCUGUACUACCAGUAG